AUGGUCGUUGAUGAAGAAGGCAACGACGAUGAGGACAUUGAGGAGAAACGAAUUCAGUGCAAAGAUUAUGAUCCACCACCACUGGAUCUCAAAACCAGAUUUGCUUUGAUUUCUCGGCUGAAGCUGUCCGCCCUAAUUACUCCUGGUUUUGUCUGCCACUGCAUUCGUCGCCGACGCCUGAAAGGUAUGUUCUUUCUGCCUGAAAUUACAUAUCGCACGGUCUCCGUGUCUGAUAGAGGAGACCCUGUUUUCUCCGUGCACCUCUGUGCUACACGGAGAAAAACUCUGUGCUACACAGACCUUAAAAUAGAGUUAUCUGGCUCUAUUGCAUUGACAAUACGUGGUGACUGUGAUUUUAUAACUAAGGCUAAAGCUGCACAAGCUGGAGGAGUGUCAGGAUUGCUGGUGAUAAAUGAUGAUGAAGAUCUUGUGGAGAAGGGUUGUCCUGAAAAUGAUACUACUUUAAACAUUACAAUUCAUGUUGUGAUGGUCUCCAAGUCAGGAGGAGAGCAAAUAAACAAAUCACUAGUGGAGAGAAAAGUUGCGAAAAUCACAAAAGAUGGAGUAACAAUUUUUCCACCCUAUGCAUUGAUGACUUUUUCGAAUUCCUCCGCUUUCGAAAAUCCUACCCUCAGCGCUGAGGGUUCAUGGGGGAAUGAUGUUAUUGGUUCACCAUUCAACAAAGUUUCUCUUAUUUUGCGAUCCAGGGCUUAUGACAAAGCUGCUCUCAAAUCCAGUGGGGGAGAUGCUAUGACCAACUUUGAGCCUGGCAUCUAUGAGGAGGAGAUAAAUAUAGCUGCUGGAGAUGGAGCUAACUUGGGAGGUUUGGAUUUGUCGACUUUGGAUGUAGGUAGUGCAAACAGUCUUGAUCUCAACCUCGGAAUUUCUUUCCAAUCAAUUGGUCUACAAGGGAAUGAUAACACCAAAACUAGCGAAUGGCCUGUUGGAAAAAGAACAAAGAUAUUAUCAAACACAUGCAUCAGUUUUGAUGGAUAA